AUGUUCCUACCUUCCAUAUUUGCUGAGUGUGUGGAAGGUAGGACAUUGUUACAAGCUUGCUUACGUAUGCCACCAAAUCUCCGUCAACAAUUUGCUCAAAUUGUACAUGAAUUUAAAGCUUUUAACAACGGAUACGAUGAAGAUGAAGUAGCAGAUGAAUUUGGGGAAGAAAAAACAUUUUUCCCCUCAUAUAAUACGCCUGCAACAGUAUUUCCUACUAAUGAAUUUCACAACUAUUGUGUCGUUCAUUUAAUUGUUGUGGAUAUGCCCACAGGUGAAGACAUUCUCAGUGGUGACUUCAUCGAAGUCUGUAUCAAUACAGAAUUGGGAGAAGAUGAGUUGCACAAAUUCUCCAACGUCGAACAUAUAUUCAAACCAGCACACCAACUCUUUAUCGAAACUGAAAUAACACUCACACAAAAUAUGUCCAUCUCAUUUAAAUCCAAAUCAGGACGUCCAUACAGAAUUUGGAUGAACUACGUCCUCCUCCACUACGCCGACGAUGACGAAGAAGAGGAAGAGGAGGAGGAGGAAGAAGAAGAGUCCUCCGAAUUCACACCAGAAGACGAACAAUUUUCCGAAUAA